AUGAUUGGAGCCAGAUCUAUAUGGUCCAUAGUGUCCAAUGUGAAUGGAUCCAUUGCUUUUGUUAGUUCAUUCAUAUCAUUACUCCCUCAAAUUUUAGAAACGUACCAUGAUAAGACUGUUGUUGGGUUAUCGCCCUGGUUCUUACUAGCAUGGCUCUGUGGUGACAUUACGUCUCUUACCGGGGCCAUCUUAACCAACCAAUUAAUGUUUCAAAUUGUUCUUGCCAUAUACUUCCUGUUGAACGACAUGUUUGUAUGCGGGCAAUACUAUUACUACGGGAUACUUUACGAGAACAAAUUGGCCACCACGGGUCAUGAACCCAAACCGGUCUUGGAAAGUAUCAGUGGUGUGUUAGAUGUGACUCCCGAUAUGGAUGAGUCUACUACUCCCAACAGCUUGGAGGCUGUAAGGAGCAGGAAUAGCAGUCAAACGAGGGCUGCCUUAAUAAGUGCAAUGGCUCUUGCGAACUCCAUACAGGGUGCCAGUGCUAUGCCAAUACCUCUACCGGGUGGUGGUAGUGGCGAUGGGAAUCGUUAUUUGACCAAUACACAAAUCGGGACGGUUUUGUCGUGGGCAGGUGCCUGUUUCUAUGUGGGUGCGAGGAUCCCACAAUUGUACAAGAAUUACAAGAGAAAGUCUACGGAUGGGAUUUCUCCCUUCCUGUUUGCUACUACAUUGCUGGGCAAUGUUACUUACAAUGUGAGUAUUUUCACUAGUUGUAAUUUUUUGAAUAGUGAUGAUAAAAUUGCCUUUGUGAUUAAUGAGUUGCCCUUUAUAUUUGGUAGUGCUGGAACCAUUGCGUUUGAUUUGAUAUACUUCUACCAGUACUACGUGCUCUAUGCAGAUGAUAUGAAGUGGAGGGAGUUAGAAAGAGAGAUCCUCGAGGACGAGAGCGAUGGAGAAACAGAGGAUGAACAGACGGCAUUGCUGGGAUGA